AUUUCCAAAAGUAGGAGGGCUUGAAGUGUAAUUAUUCCAAAAUCUUAUUCCAGGUCCAUUUUCACCCCUAAAAGCCAAAAGCAGCAGCUCAACGCAGAGCAUAAGAAAGCAGAAGCGCAGUGGUGGCGGAAGAUGACGGAGGUGGCAAGAUCAGUGGUGCACGACGUUUUGGGACAAAGAGUCGUCGACGUAGACCAACCAAUUGUCGAUUACAUUGUCAACGUCCUCGCAGACGAUGACUUCGACUUUGGCCUCGACGGCGAAGGCGCAUUCGAAGCCCUCGGCGAGCUCCUCGUUGCCGCCGGCUGCGUCGACGAUUUCUCCGAGUGCCGCUCUGUGUGCAGCACGUUGUGCGACAAGUUCGGGAAGCACGGUUUGGUGAAGGCGAAACCCGCUGUGCGGAGCCUGGCGGCGCCGUUUCGAAUGAAUGAAGGUUUGGACGACGUCCAAGCUCCCAAGAAGAAGCCCGAGCCUGUCGACGGCCCUCUGUUAUCGGAACGUGACCGUCUAAAGCUUGAGAGAAGGAAGCGCAAGGAUGAACGUCAGCGAGAGGCACAAUACCAAAUGCACUUGGCGGAGAUGGAGGCGGCACGAGCAGGUAUGCCAUUGGUGUGUGUGAGGCAUGAGAGCGCUGGGGGACCAAACGUGAAGGACAUUCACAUGGAGAAUUUCAAUAUCUCGGUUGGUGGGCGGGAUCUAAUUGUUGAUGGUUGUGUCACACUUUCGUUUGGAAGGCAUUAUGGUUUGGUAGGAAGGAACGGGACAGGAAAAACCACUUUUCUUAGACACAUGGCUAUGCAAGCCAUCGAUGGUGUUCCAAGGAAUUGUCAAAUAUUGCACGUGGAGCAAGAGGUGACAGGUGAUGAUACCACAGCCUUGCAGUGUGUCCUCAACUCUGACAUUGAGAGGACUCAACUUAUCGAAGAAGAAGCUCAGUUAGUUGCCCAACAGAGGGAAUUUGAGGACAAAAUUGAAAAGGGUGACUCAAAUGGAAUGGUUGGCAGGGAUAGCAUUUCACAGAGGCUUGAGGAAAUAUAUAAGAGGCUUGAACACAUUGAUGCUGAUUCUGCAGAGGCACGAGCAGCAUCUAUAUUAGCUGGUUUGAGUUUCUCUCCUGAGAUGCAGAAGAAGGCAACAAAAACAUUUUCAGGAGGAUGGCGGAUGCGCAUAGCUCUUGCUCGUGCACUGUUUAUAGAGCCUGAUAUAUUGCUUCUUGAUGAGCCUACGAAUCAUCUUGAUCUUCAUGCUGUCUUAUGGCUUGAGUCAUACUUAGUUAAAUGGCCAAAAACAUUUAUUGUUGUUUCACAUGCGAGAGAAUUUUUAAACACGGUGGUUACUGAUAUAAUUCACUUGCAAAACCAAAAGUUGACUACUUAUAAAGGAAAUUAUGAUACUUUUGAGAGGACCCGAGAAGAACAAAUUAAAAAUCAGCAGAAAGCAUUGGAGGCAAAUGAGCGUGCAAGAUCUCAUAUGCAGGUAUUAUGAUAGGACUCCUAAUAAGGAUGGGCCUGUUAAUCAACAUGAAACAAUUAUAGAGGGAGCAAGGCCCAAAAUAUGGAAGGUUUACGUGAGA